AUGAAGAAAGAACUGGGUUAGAGCCAAGCUAACCAGUUCCUCAACAGAAGCGGAAAUUCCAAUCAGCAAUAGGGUUAAGGAAACGUUGCAUCUCCCAACCUUCCUUAAUUCAUAUAGAUUAAGAAUUGGGUUGCUUAGCUCAAUAACAAGAAGAUUCUUAGAGCAUAGAGGAACGACAUUAUGAAUAUAGUACAAUAACUAGGAUCAGAAGGAAAUUAGUAUUUGUUGGAAUGCCUUUUAGAAAGUUUGGAUAUGAACUCACAGAAUUCCCAAAAUAAGGCAAAUUUGCACACCACAGUUAAAGGCUAAUUUUUGAGCCAACAUUUGCAUGAUUUAAUAUUCAGCAAUAGCUUCUCAAAUUUUCUUGAUUUCAUGCCCAACGUCUUCAUUAAAGUAGUUUGUGGACCUAAUAGUUUUUCAAAUUAAACCAAUACAAAGCAGCUAAAUUAAGUGGUAAAUUAUGCUUAAGAACUGAGCAAGUGCCUCAAAAUGAAUCCUGUUGAUUAGCUUUUCAUAGCCUUAAGCUUUGCAUGUUGCAACAACGAAACAGUAGCAUCAGAAGGUGUUAAGCUUCUCAGAGAAAAAAUUAUUGAUUUUGUUUAGUAGCAAAAUUAAAUUGCUUUGCCUCAAAAUAACCUUCCAAUUAUUUUAUUACAAUUUGUUUUGCAAAACCCUGAAUUAAAGAAUAUGUCCCAAGAGAUUCUUCAAUUAAAGCAAAUACUCAAUGAUCCUAAAAAUAAAGAAAUCAAACCAUUAAUUUAUGGUAGAGAUAAUAUCGAUGAUGAAGGUAACAGCUAAGAAAGUGAUGAAAUAUAAGACCCUGAUUUACAUAAAGAAAUAAACUAUCCUAAGCCAGAAGAGUUAAACCACAUAAUAGGACCAGCUGACAUUCUUAAAGAUUUAGGCCCAAGUGCACUAUCUUCGAUGGAUAACUUAGUUAGAAGUUUAUCAUAAUUUUAAAAAUGGAGCAAUUCUGAUGUUUACCUCUCUCUCGAAUUGAUAGCAUAAGACCCUGUUUAAUUAGGUGAUGAAUAAACUCAGCGUUUAGCUAACAAUAUUCUCCAAGUUGAAUCCAAAAACAGUUAACAAGAAUGGGGUAAUUUCACUAAUUAAGAUUAAUCAGAUAAAAACUAAUAAAGCGAUUGGAAUGCUGAGUUAUUUAUUGAAUUCCUAAUGAAGAAGAUAUUCCCUCAAAACAAUGAAUUAAAUUGGGUUUCCGUAUUGACAGAAAUUGAUAGACCUUAUUUGAAAUUGAAGGACGAAAAAUCUUUUAAAUAAUUCUUUACUAAUAUGCUAUUAAUUCACAAAAAAGCUCCAUUUUAAAUGCCUGCAUAUUUGUUACUCAAGCCUUGGAAGAAUAUUAGAAGCCAAGCCUUAUUCUUAAAGAAUAUGCUAGCUGUUGGUUCUUCUGAAUUAGUAAGAUGGAACGAAAUUUAAAAAAAUCCUAUGAAUUUAGAAUUCAAUCCAUAAUAUAAAUAUAACACACUACCUUCUCCUAUGCAGUUCUGGGCCUGCUUGGAUUUCCUCGAUUUAUUGUGUGAAAUUAGUGAAGGAGAUAACUAUAUGGCUAUCCAUGAGUUAUUUGAGCUUCCUAUUGCAAAAUAUCCAGAUAUCUUAAUAGUCGCUUUAUCUUAACUGCAUCCUAAAAAAGGUGCAAAUCUCUUAGAUGAAGUAUUCAGUCAACUAUUUCCUAAUUAUUUGUCGAAUCACAUAAAUUCUGUAGCUAUUUUAGAAGCAAUUUGGAAGAAUAGAGAGGAUUUGCUUAUUUCUGCUAUUAGCGAACUUUAUAGAAAAGAAAACAAGAAAGAAAACACAUCUUUGAAUUUAUCAAGAGUCCUUGAUAUUUCCUAAUAUCUAAAAGACUCUUUAAUUGCUCUCACAAAUAGUAACAACUACUCUUUUUCUGUAUCACUUGGUAUUUUAGCUGGUAAGAGAGAAUUCCUACACUUUGACUAAUGGCUAAAUGAGCGUGUUAAGACUAUUGGGGAUCCAUUUGUAAAUGCUCUACUAGCAUAUAUCGAAGACAAUGUUAUUAAUCCAAUUAAAGAAAUAAAUAUGAGACUAAACAACCCCAACAAUUAAGCUUAACAGUAAUAUGAAGGUGUUUUAGAAAAGGCCUAACUAACUAUUGAACUACUGACUAUUAUUUUUGAAUCUCUUCUAUUAGAGUAACACCCUGAAAAACUUACUAGCAAAAAUCGUUAAAAGUUGUAAGAUCAAUAUAAAGAAAUAUUGUAAUAUUUCCCCUAAUUAAGUGGAACUUCGGAUUCACCAGGACAAGCUACAGAAAAAAAAGCCAAUUACAAUUACCAAAGAUUUUAUAUGAGAGAAAUAACAAUAGAGGAAAUGAUUGCAAAUUUAAAAUAAUUAAUGAAUUCCAACAACUCUGAAGACAAAGAAGUGUUUGCAUGCAUGAUCACAAGCUUGAUUGAAGAAGCUAAAUACCACUAGUAAUACCCCAUAGCUGAGCUUCUUUUAACAGGCUAACUCCAAGGAAGCAUCAUAAAUGCACAACUUGUCAACUAGAAACCAUUAGGCAUUAUGCUAGAAUAAAUUUUGGAAUCAUCAAAAAAGACACAGAGAUAAGUUGAGUAAUCAGUAAAAGCAAUAGAAGCUAUGAAAGAUCGCCUUCAUGAAUUCCCUUACUUUGUAAAUGCUCUUUUCGACCCAUCCUGCCAUCUUUCUGAGCAAUUUCCUCAACUUCUAAUUAAUAUUUAUAAUAUUAUGAUUGAGAAGAAGGUAUAAAUUAAUGUAACUAGUAAGCAAAUUGAAUAGCUUAAAUAAAGAGUAGAAUCCCUUAAAAAUGAAGCAAACAAACCAUCUCAAACUUACUAGGCAACAACAACUUAACAAAAGAAGAUCUUAAAGUUAAGAGGAGAAGUAGAAACUUCAUCUGAAAAUACCUCCUAACAACAAUAAAAUCAACAAGCAUAGAACUAAGCUGCUGCUGUAGCUCAAUCUGAUUAAUCAUCAGCACAGCCAUAAGCAUAAAAUUAAUAAUAGUAAUAACCAUUAUAGCAAUAGGAAGGAAGUGCUUAGACAAAAUAACAACAAGAAUAAGAUACUAAAGCAAAAGCUGAUUAGAAUAACUAGCCUAGAAAUCCUAGUGUUUAAAAUGUAAGCUAAUAAAAUUUAGGUGAAGAAAAAUAACCUUCUGAUAACACCACACAAAGUAAAGGUAAAACUAAAAAGCCUCUUUUUGCUGGAUCUUCCGUAUUUCCUUUGAGCAAUUUAACUGCAAACUAACCAAAAAUGGUAUUCGAAAAUCCUAUUAAUCAAUAGAUGAGAUUCUAAGAUACUUAAAUAGGAAUGUAUGACCAAGGAUUGUAUAAUAAUAAUAAUAAUAGCACUAAUAAUAACAAUAAUGGCAAUAAUACAGAAGAGAUAGUUGUAAAAGCAAGACCUUACUAAGGAGGUGUUGGUUUUGUUUAAAGACCUAUAUUUACAAACGGUGAACAAUAAAUCUAUGCUUCUAAAUCUAUUAAUGAAAUUUUAGAAUAUGAAAACUCACUUUAAAUAGAUGAAUCAACAAAGAUGAGAGUUAAUUUUGCACUAAAUAAUUUAUCAGAUGGAAACAUAGAGAAACACUAAAAUGAUUUUAGAAAUUACGCAGAAAAUGAAAAUUUUUAGAAAUGGUUUGCUAGGCAUCUUGUCACUCAAAGAGCUACUUUGAAAUCAGAAAUUAAUGUCUUGCUGUACACUAAGCUCUGUGAAAGAAUAGAUAAGCCUAAACUCUUUUCCUUUAUCAUAAAAGAUUCUUUGUUACUUUUGCACAAACUUCUCUUAUCAGAAGCUGCCAUUCAUGCUUCUAUCCGUAUUACCACUCUUAAAAAUCUAGCUCAUUGGAUAGGCAUGUUUACUUUGAAUCGUAACAAACCAAUCAAUUCAAAAUAUUUGAAUAUCAAGGCAUUAAUUGUCAAUUCUUAUCCGAACAAAGUUGAUGUAAUUAUUCCUAUUGUUAUCAACAUUCUACUUUGCUGUAAAGAAUCAAAGAUUUUUAAUCCUUAAACUAACCGCUGGGUCAAGCGUAUUCUUUCUCUCUUAGAAGAAUUCAAAAAUGUGGUUCAGAAGGAAACUGUCAAGCAUCAAAUUAAUCAGUUGUUCUCUAAUUUAUAAAUUGACGUAAAUAGUUUAGAACCUUGUACCUACUUUAGAUACUACUUACAAGAAAGUAAAAAGGAAGCUAAGCCAGCUUAAUAGCCUGCUACUAUUGUUUCUUUUUGCAUCCGUGAUAGACUAAUAAUUACAGAUGAUCUUCGCAACCUGUGCAAUAUUUAAAACUUUGACUUAAAGUAAGCAGUUUUCCAAUCCUUAGACGAAGCAAUCAUGGAAAUUAUACAACCAGUAAUUUCUCGUAGUGUUACUAUUGCCUUAGUCACCACUCGUGAAUUAGUCUUAAAAGAUCACUGCACUGAUCCUGAUGAGAACAAUCUUAUAAAUGGCAUCUCUAACAUGGUUUAAAAACUAUCUGGCUGUCUUGCUUUAAUCACCUGCAAAGAUCCACUCAGAUCAAGCUUCCAAACCCACUUAAAGACUAAUUUAGAAAAAGUGACUGAAUUAAAUGCCAACGAAAAGGAAUAAAUCAUUAAUAAGGUAGUUAUCGAUAACAUUGAUAUUGGCUGCCAAGAAAUCCGCUAAAGAGUAAUGGAUUAAGCUCUUAAGGAAAUAAAAUAAGAUGAUGCUAUCCUUGAAGCUAUUGAAAUGAGAAGAGCCGCAAAAGAAAAGUAGUAAGUAUUUGUUGAUGAAAGAUAUUACAAGUUCACCAAAAACCUUCCUCCUGCUUUACAACCUAAAUUCCCCAGCUCUUCUGCAGCAUACUCAGAAUUCGAUAGAACUUCUUUAAAUGAAAACUUGGUAAGCGAAUACAACACAUAAACUUUAGAAUAAUUCAAAAAGAUUGUCAACAAUUUUAGUCCAGAACAACCUGAAAAUGUAAUUCUUACUCCUAUUGAAGGAUUCUUUAAGAAGAUCAUGUUCUCUGAUAAGCUAUAUAACGAAUUAAUUGAAUUAAAUUUCUAAUUGAUGUACCAAAGCGAGGGUGCUUCUAAGAUUAGAUUAUUUGUUGAAAUUCUUGACAAAUUACGUGAACAGCACAAAGGAAAAGACAAAAUUGGCAAAUUAUUAAAAGAUAAUUUAAUGAACAGUGCUCCUCUAGACAAUCUGAUUAAGACCAACCUUCAUAUAAUUUUGAAUAGCCUUUUCAUAAAAAGAAUAAUAACUAAUAAAGAAUAUCAAGAAAUUAUGUUGCUUCUUGUUUCUAGAAAUCAAAGCAAUGAUAUGAUAAUAUGUUUGGUAUCUGCCUUGAGAGAGCUUAUUUUUGAGAAAAAGGAAUACACUCCUUAAGAUUUUAAUGACUCAAUUAUUGCUCUUAAGUUAACAAUGUCUAGUAAAUAAGACAUUCCUCCUCAUUACUCCUAGUUCUUGCAAGACCUCAACAAAAUUGCAUCUGAAAACUCUAAUUAAUCAAAUAACAUUAUCACCUUUGAGCGUGCUCUUGAUGUUAUUACCAACUUCUAUGGCAAUUUCGAUAAAAAGCAGUAUGAAGAAAUAUAGGAGAAGGUUGAAAAAUGGCUUUCUUUGUCAACUGAAGUUCAAAUGGGCUAAUUCAUUUAAGGCCUUGUUAAUAUUAUCAUUGAUAAUCAUGAUGAAAACUCUUUAAAAUUCUUUGUCUACUUUGCUGAUAUCUGCAUCAACUACUCCUUAGAAAGCGCUAAAAAGAAUUAAAGAAUUAGCAUACAAAAUAUUACUAGUAUGGACUUUACUUGCGUUGAUAGUUUCACAAAAUUGAUUGAAAUUAUUCAAAAGACUUGCAAAAUUGAACAAUAUAAGAAGCAAUUACUUAAUCAAAUUUUCGAUAGUAUAUUCAUCACAUUGACUAAAUAUCAUGAAACUGAUAUGUAUGAAUUCAACCAGCGUCCAUUCUUCCGUAUCUUCUUUAAUUUAAUUUAUGACAACCAAAGACCUAAAUACGAUUUCUCUAAGAAUGAAAUAUCUGAAACUUACAGCAUGUUGGCUAACAUAUUCCAUCAACUUUCCCCUGUAAAAUACCCAGGAUUUGCUUUCUCUUGGUUAGAACUCAUUUCAAAUCGUUACUUCAUGCCAGUGAUUAUGGAAAAGGAAGAAUUGUGGGGAUUAUACAGCCAACUCAUAAUAGAUUUAAUCAAAUUCUUUAAAGAAAUAAUGCAAGAAGAAAACCUUCAAUUAGAAUACAUUAAGAUAUUCUACAGAGGCACCAUUCGUAUUUUACUUGUCUUGCUUCAUGACUGGCCUGAUUUCUUAGCAAAAUACUCUAAUUCUUUAUGUGAUGAAAUUCCUGAAAAUUACAUUUAAAUUAGAAACAUUAUUCUCGCUGCUUUCCCUAAAACUAUGAAGCCACCUGAUCCGUUCUCAAACAAAAACGAACAAAUCUUUGAAAACAAUGAAGACUUUAAGAAUCCUCCUAUUAUGGACUACCCAGUUUAUAAUGAAAAAAUCCAAGUCGAUCUCAUGAAUGAUCUUCAGAAUUAUCUUCGCACUAAGAGCGAAGAUAUUUUCAAGACUAUUUGCUCUAAAUUGACUCUUAAAGAAAAAUCAUAAUUUGUAAUUGAUUAGAAGGCUGUUAACAUACUCAUUUUGGCUAUACCUUUGCAUUUACACAAGCAAUCUGUAAAUUAAGGAAAUAAGGAUACUAAAACAAUCCCUCUAAACAACGAUUUAUACAAUUUCUUACUUAAAUUGCUUAAAACAAGUCAUUACGAAAUGAGAGAAGUAAUUCUUAACUUGAUAAUAAAUCAAGUUAGAUAUCCUAACUUUAUCACAAAGUUCUACAUUAAAUACAUUCUGUUGACAUUCUAAGAACAAAAUAUUAAUGAUAUUUAAGAACAAACCAUUCGUAUCAUUGUAGAGAGAUUGUUUGUAUAGAAACCUCACCCUUGGGGCAUAAUCUACACAUUUAUUGAGAUCAUUAAGUCUAAUUCUAAUUUCAGAUCAAAGCCUUUUGUCAGAGAUGCUGAAUUGAAAUAAGUUUUCCGCUUCAUCUACUAAGAACCACCCAGAUAAAGACCACCUCAAUAAUAGUAAUAGCAACCAUCAUAACAACAGAUUGGUCAGCACAUACAACCUCAAGAGAUGAACAUAGAUCAGUAAAUGCACAUGAAUAGUAUUUAGUACUAGCAGAUAUUGUAAUAGCAACAAUAGUAACAAUACUAGCAACAAUAGCAAUAUCAAUAACAAAUAGCAGGAGCUAUAAGCCAUCCUAACUAUGUUAAUAGAAAUAAUUGA